GUCGUCUGCUGUAUAUUUCCUAGAACGUACCCACAAGUUUGUUGAUAAAAUGGAGUGUCAAAAUGUUUUCGCACAAAUGAAAACGUUCUGCGUUUCUUUGGUCCCGGAAAUUUUUAUCUUUGAAGAUGUAAUCUUGUAAUUCUUCCCACUACCUCCGGUCCAAAUUUACUAUUUGACUCUUUUUCUCAUAAACUCAUCAUGAGAAAGGUCCUUAAUUUUGUGAAAGGGAAGCGGGACGAUAAAAAGGAAGCUUCUUUAUCUUUGAACGUGACAAAUAUAUCAGUCGAAAUCACUGACCCUGCAGGAGUCACCACACCAAGUGAUGACUAUGACUUUGUUGGAACUACAGAACAGUGCACUGAUUAUGAGGUUGAUUUGUCUGGGAAGGAUAAAUCUAUCACUAAACUCCAUAAAGCAGCAUGGGUGGGGAAUUUGGAAAAAGUGAAAUCUCACUUAAAAAAGAUAGACGUGAAUGUUGUUGAUGCUUCAAGUCGCACACCCUUACAUCUUGCUGCAGCCCAAGGACACACAAAUGUUGUUUGGUUUUUACUUUCAAGUAGGGCGGCAACCGACAUAAUAGAUGCUGGAGGAAAGACUUCUUUUUUGAAGGCUGUAGAAGGGGGCUAUAAAGAAAUUGUAAGCAACAUGUUAGAGAAAGGAGCUGAAAUAAAUUUAAAAGAUGCAGAUGGCAACACAGCUCUUCAUAUUGCAACUAAACUGGGAUAUUACGAUAUUGCUACAGUACUGUUGAAAAAUGGUGCCAAUUUUGAAAGUGCAAACAAGAAAGGAGAAUAUGCCCUCCACAUAGCAACGACAGCAGAGCACAUGGAUUUAGUGGAGCUUCUUUUGCGCUAUGGAGCAGCAGUUAAUGUUACAGAUGUUGAUGCUCGUACUCCUUUGAUGCUGGCUGCUCGUUGUGGAAAUGCCCCUUUAGUAGAGUUGUUUUUAGAGUAUGGUGCCAAACGAGACAUGACUGACAACAGCAGUUUCACAGCUCAAGACUAUGCUAUCAACAAGGGAUAUGGUGAUCUUGCAGCAUUACUAGUCACAGCAAUGAUUGAAAGAAUUGAAGAGGAAGGAGAAGAUGAAGAGGAGGAGAAGGAGGAGGAAGAUGAAGAAGAGGAGGACGUUGAGGGGAAGAUAGAUGACACUGAGACAGACACAAGCUCCCAGAGAAUAGACAAGCAAAGAUCGGUCUCAUCUGGUUCACUUGUACCUGUGAAUGGAAGCAAUGUGGAUGUAUCAGAUGUUCCAGCUGAAGAUGGUGAUAGUUGGCAUGACAGUGACGUAUCUGACUCUCACAAGGAAACCAGGCUUUUACAGAUUUCCCAGUCCAAGCUGAAGAAAUUUCUUUUGCCUACUUCUGAUGAUGAACAAUGUGAUGAGCAAAGCCCUGUGCAAGGCGGAAAAAACGUACAUGAUUCCCCCAACUCCUGUGUGAUACCUCCUCCGCUUCAACCUCCCCGCAGUUGGGAUCUUAUCCAAGCAGGAAUGAUUGAUGAUAAUACCAGUUCAGAGGUAAAACGAUGCAGUUUGACAGCACUAGGAACAUUGCGGUCACGGCGAGAGAGCUUCAAUGACUCAAUAAAGAGUGAUAUUGAAUCCCCCUUGAGUCUCAAGGAAGGUGCUGAGACCAAAGAGCUGGAGAAGGGUGCUAUUGUUACAUCAAAAACAAAUUUAUGCAGCAAGGUCAUUGAGACCACUGCUCUGAAGAGAGAUAAGAGUGACUUAUCUGCUGUUGAAAGUGAUUGGGAUAGCAGUGACGAAAGCCUUCCUCUUGACAAAAUUGCUGCUACUCCAGCCGAAAAAACUUUAGGCUCUCCAAAAAUAGUUCAACAAAUUUCAGUUGAUGUUCAUCAAGAACCUAUUGAUGAUGAUUUGCCGGAACCACCAUCUCCUUCACAACUUUUAGUGCCUGAAGAUACAGGAUUUUUGCAGGUCACAAACCUAUCUGCCCCUGGUUCUGGAGCUGUCAGUCCUGAGCCAGUCAGUGAAAAGCGUGCACGAAUGCUUCUCAUGCAAAACCAGCAAUCAGUUGAGCUUACUCUGACUGAUGACCGUACAGAAGACAAAUCUGAGCACAGUCAAGACUCCCCAUCAGCAUUGCCAAAAGAUGGGGAAGGAGAUAGCCAAGGGCAGCCAGAUUGUUCUGCUGAUAUUGGCACUUUAGGUCGUGAUGGAACUAUGAUGGGUUAUGAUGAAAUGUGGGAAUCCAAUGCAGCAUUUGCACCUUCCAGCCCAACUGAUAUGGAACCACCACCGCCACCACCACCACCACAAAACCACAGUCUUCCUCGAAUAGAGGAAAAGGUUGAGACUAGCGAAGGGGAGCAAUCACCUAGUUCCCAGAUUAUUAUUGACUUGAAUGUGCCAAAGAUUACGGAGAUCUCUAAUAUUGACAUUCUUACCUCUCCAAUUGGUAAAUCAGUCUUUUCCAUUCCACCACCCGUACCUUUGGCAAUUGUGGGCAAAAGUGAAGAAGUGGAAGAUUUGACAAAAAAAUCUCAAGAUACCAAGUUGUUGUCUACCAAGAGACAUGUUCGAAACAAGUCAAUAUUUCAAAUGCCUUUGCCCAGUGAAUCAGCUCAGCAGCUUGACCAGUCUAUUCCUCAACUCCACCUACCAUCCACUCAAGCAAUCCAUGACCAAAUUAUAAACAGACAGCUGGAAUGUUAUGAUAUUGCCAUUAGAGACCUUGCUGUUUCAACUCCCUCGAAACAAGACUCAUCAAGAGUUGGCAAUAUGCACCCUAUUACAAUUCAAGCUUUGAAAUCAGAUGAAACAGUUGGAACAGAUUCAUUUGUUGAUAAAGGACACAAAAUUAUGCCUGAUCUAUUAGCUGGUUCUAAAGUUGCUGCUCUGGCAUCUGCCUUUAGUGGUAAACCUGUCUCUUCUCACAGUCAGAUUAUUAAAAAAUCUGCUACUGAUCCCAAAAUACCAUUGGCCAAUGAGGGUGAAGAAGAGAUUGAAGAGGAAGAUGAUGGAGAAUACAAUGAAACUACUGUUAAACCGGGUAGUGUAGAAAAGCCACUAAGGAAGAAACGUAAAUCACUUCUUGCUAUGCAAAAAUUGGAGCCUACGACUUCACAGGGCUCUCAGGGCUCACAGAUUGCAGAUGUGUACAAUAGCUCUUCAGAAUCAGAGGAGGAACCUGCAUACUGGGGCUCAGCAGGAAUAAACAAUAACAAGGUGUUCAGGCAAUCCACGGUCAUUAAAAGGGACAGUGAUAUUCUUGGUGCAGAUCAAUCCAAUAUCUUAUCUCCAGAAAAUCUAUCCCUGGAGGAUAUUCAACACACAAGCACAUCAGGAAGCAGUAAUGAAGAUGUUACUGCAGAAGUUGAAGAUGUUAGAAGCUCCUUAAACAUCAGAGAUGCAAGUGGAUUAGAUGAAAAGGAUUCAAAGCUCUCAACAGCUGACUCUGAUGCAGAAAGCGGAGCCUCACAAACAGAGGGUACACCAUCGCAUUCUUACCUAAAGAGUCAUGAGGUUCUGCUUAAACACCAUCUUCAAGUUGUGACUGAAGAACGUGGACGGCUAGCAGAAACCACAGUUGAACUGGGUGAAAAAACUGAACGUCUAAUGUAUGAGCUUGCUGAUGCUCGGGAGGCUGCGAGGGCAAGAGAUGAGGUGAUAUCUAUGCUUCAAAUCCAGCUGCAACGGCUUGAGGAGAGUCACAUUAAGGGUCUUGAAGAAGUUCAAACCCAUAGAUUUCAUCUUGAUUCUCGAGACCAAGAACUACGCCACCUUGAAGAAGUUUGUCGAAAGGCUCAAGAGGAAGCAAUUCAUCUGAAAGAAAUCAUUCGAUUAAAGGACAAGGAGAUUGCUCAUUUGACAUUGAUACGAGCCAACCGUGAUGAAGAGGCUCACAGACAAUCCAUGGCACGAGACAAAGAGAAAGACAUGACUAUAAAUGAACUCAGGAUUCAUUUAAAAUAUGUGGAGCAGGAGAAGGAUAGAUUGAAAGAGACGCUAGUGACAAUGGAACAUCAACAAGCAAGCUUACAAGCUCGGACUGAUACACUUAUUGAGGAGAAUGCUCGUUCAAAUUCCCAAGUCACCAGUGACCUUCGGAAUGCACAAGAAGAAACGAACAAGUGGAGAAGCUUAUAUGAAUCAUGUCUUUUAAAAUUGGAAGCUAUGGAUUCUUCUCAAGUUAAAGUUCUUCUAGAGGCAAAAAACAGUGAGGGUGAUGCUGCUCAAUCUUACAGAAAUGAAAUUUUAAGUGCUGUUGAGAGACUUGAAAAAGAAAAAGAUGCCGAUCGUCUGAUUUGGCAAGCCAAGAUAAAGGAGGAGGUAGCUAGUGCUGUGAAUUUAUUGAAGUCAGAGUAUGAGAAAGUUGAGGAGACAUUACGAAAGCACAAUGCCACUCUUGAGGUAAUGGUUGAGAGACUUAAAAUAGACCAUGACAUUGCAAUCAAGAGACAAGAGUCACUAGAAAAUCAGCUAAGAUCUGCCCAAACUGAGCUUCAACUUAACAGAAGAGAUGGUUCUGAACUGUCUCAACUUCAACAUGAAAAUUCUAGGAUGAAGAAUCAAGCAUUGACAGAUCAAAACAAAAUCCAAACACUUGAAUCUGAACUUAAGCUCAAAGAUCAAUCGUUGAUAGAUUUUAACAAAACACUACAAAUUGUCCGUCAGGAAAAUAAAGCUUUGGCAACUCUUUUGUCAGACAUUACUGAAAGUCCAAAAGAAGAAAAAGAAAUUGUACGUAAAAGCAAUUCAAAGGCAAUACUGGACAGCGAAGGAUGUAUUGUUGAAACCAAAGUUACCCAGGAAUUGGAAGGUACCUUACAGCAAGAAAAGGAAGAGCUACUGAAGGAAGUUACUGAUUUGAAACUAAAAUUGCAAAAACGUGACAGCUCACCUAGCUCAGCCAAUCUUUGUAAUGCUUCAGCUAUGACUGACCAAGUGCGUUGGAAUCAGACUGGGCUAAUGGGUGUAGUGCAGAAGCAGAAGGAAGAGAUUGAAGUUUUGAAAUCAGAGUGUGCCAAGCUUAGAUCCACCAGCAAGAGCCCAUCUCUAUCACCCAUCAAUGUUCCCCCUGAAAUUAAACCCAGACCAGGAAAACUGUCCCCAAAACCUGUAAAAUCUCCGACUACCAUAGAUUUGCUCAAAUCAACUGAGAAGGGAGAAGGGCAAAUGCUUCAGCCCUUCGUGUGCAAAAGAUGCUGUAGCCCUCUUUCACCCACGAGUUUGCAAACCAAUGGACAGAUGAGAAAAAGCAGCACUGAAACUCAAACUAUUGAAGGUUGUGAGUCCCCUGCACAUUCUUCCAAAUGCUCUUCCCCUCGUCAUAGCUGGAACCAAAAUCAGGUUAUUGGACACAAUAUAGAACAAGAGUUACAGGCACAGGCAGAGAAGUGUUUAAAACACCAGCAAAUGAUUGCUGGUCUUAAAUCAGAACUUCAACUAUUACGGGGUGGUAGUAGUGAUUAUCAAAUAAACCUACAGAAACAAGUAUCUGAUUUACAGCAGAAAAUCAAGGAUGAAAUGAAUCUUAGAUCCAGUCUAGAAAUACAAAUGAACAGAAUGAAAUAUGAAGUUCAGGAAAAGUGUCGGGUAGAAAAAGAAUUAGAGAAAUUGAAAGGCCGCCUUGAAAGGGAAUUUGUUCUGAGGAGUGAAUUGGAUUAUCUUAAUCGAGUAAAGGCUGAUGAAUCUUCAGAACUGAGCACCAAAUUAGCUCAAGUGAACAAACUUCUGUUGCAACAGGUCCAUGACAAGAAUUCUGGUAAGGAAAAAGAGAACAUUGAUGCUAAAAUACACAAAGAAUAUGAGGAAACUAGACAGUACUUAGUUUCAGAGCUUGCAAAAGUUCAGGCAUCACUACAAGCCAAAGAAAGUGAAGAGAAAGAACUUAAAUUGAAGUGUGAAAAAUUGUCCCGUGAAUGUGACAAAAAAAAUGAGCAAAGAAGGAAGAUGUUGAUAGAAAAAUCGUAUAAUCUUGGACAACAGUUCAUGAAGGACAAAAAUAUUGGCUCCAAUGACCAAAAACCAACAGUAGCAAACCCUGAAUCCACUGUGCUGAACACGCAACCCACAAAAGUAGUUAGUGCUCCACUGGACAAGCCAUACUCCCAACUCUUGCGCAAAGAGGUUAAAAAAAGUGCUGAAAAAUACAAAACUGCAGAUCACAUUCCUGACAUAUCUUCAGGCCCCAAGUCUGAAGAACAUUUGUCGUACUUGGAAAAGAAAUAUUGUCUACCAUAACUUUAAGUGGGGGGACCUUGUAAGUGUGAAAAACAUGCAUAGAACAUUUCCAUUAAUUCUUGUCACAUCCUCAAUUUUGAUAAGAUAUCAAAUGCAACAGCCUUCUAUGUGAUUUUGUACUUUACCAGAGAUGGUAUGAAGGUCUCAGUUGCAACAUUAUGUCUCCACGUUUGCCAAUUUCCCUCUAUUUGAGGUUUGUGCCAAAACGCACAAUUUAUGUAAGUCAUCAUCCUGCCAAAGAAGAAAAGUCUUUCAAGUCAUUUUCAUGUAUUCUUGUGUUUUUCUAGUGUUAAGUGUACUUAUCCUUUUUACUGUAGUUCUCUUCACUAGUCAUUUUUGCCCUGAUUUAACCUCUUUGAUUACAAAGCACAAAGAAAGCACAAGUGAGAGGUAUAUACCAAUGUAAGGCUGAACUUUGCAACCAGUUGCCAAGAUUUUGUAGAGUUAUAUUCAGACAGACAGAUUUUCUUAGCCAUUUGAUAUUUGUCCAAUCUGACGUAGUGUAUACAAGACUACUUCAAAGAUAGGCAUUGAAGUAAUGACAUUGAUUCCUUCAUAUGAAAGUGCAAAGACAUUAGUUAUAUUAUGUGUGGAACAAUAUUCUUAUAUCUAUGCCCCCCCCCCCCCUCGUAUUAUCGGGGCUUCCUUCAUUUUGCCAAUCUUGUAGAUCUAGAUGACAUAUUGUCAUUUUAAUUUUAAUGUACGUACUUCACUAUAGUUUACUAUUGAAUUUGAAUUUUAUAGUCAACCAUUCCAAUUACUGUAGAAGUUUUUGAUGAAAUACCAAUGGGUAAAACAUGAGCUCUUUAUCAAGCUCAGUAUUGAAAAGACAUUGACUGGUUAAAACAAUUUCCCUGUAUUUUGUUGUGUUGGACUACUUGACUAGCACCUUUAGUAAUCAAUCCACAAUCUGACAAUAUGAGAUUUAAUCAUUAGGUCAGAUUGUAGAGUGAUAGUCUUUUAAGUAAGAUUUUUGUAAAAUCAGAGGCAGCAUAUAGUACCUAUUUAUGAAUAGGCUUGGCAGCAAUUCUAAGUUUGUCAUUCAUUCUAUAAUUUUAUGUCACUCACAGACUUUAAAAAACUGUGAGUAAAAUGUUUCCUAUUUUGUUUUGAAUUACUCAACGAACCCAGUGUCUUAGUCUUACGUACAAGUAUUAGUUUUGGCAGUAACAUCUAGUCAUUUCAAACAUCUCAAGAAAAUAUUGUUGAAGGGGUGUUUGUGUUGCAUUAUGUAUCCUGAUGUCUAUGCUGUCAAUGUUGACAUAUAGCAAGCAUUGCAUCUAUUUAAAGGCUCUUAAACUAAUUAUGAAUUUGUUGUGAUUUUUGUGGGUAUUUUCCACAGCUAUUAAAGGCUUAACUAUUAUUAUUACAAGUGAUAUUAAUGUUGUUUCUUUAACAGUCAUAUGCUAUAUUAUGAUGUCAAUUUUUACAAGUGAGAAAGUAGUUGCCACUUUGUGCAUGAUUCCAUUGACUUUUUAAGACGAAUUUUAACUUUAUUCAGGUUUGCUAUGAUUUUUUGUUCAAAGCUCUUUAUUUUCUUUCAUUUUUUUUCUUCAUCUAUAAUUCUUAUUUAUUGAAGACUUAUAAAAAACUUGUUCCAGUCUCUUUCUUCCCCUGAAGCAGCUUCCAGUAUCUUGGUUUACCAUUUUGAAUGUGAUUAUCGUAAGAGUUCAAACAUGUCAAGGUUAUUAUUUGUAGUUUAAUUUGUGCAUUUGUUAACUGCAUUUGUUCACGCAGGUCCUCUAUUCUAUUUUGGUUCAAUUUUUUUUUAAUGUUCCAAAUGUGCUGUUUUGGCAAAGCUUUUACUGUUUUUGCUCAAAUAAUUAUUCUAUAUUUCCUCUUUACUAGAGAUAUAACCAAUUUUCACAAAGUUGUAUGUUUGUUAGAAAUCUCAUCAUUUGUCCAGUAUUAUUGUUCGGGCAUGAGUAUGUUAUUGUAUUAAAUGUAUCACUCUAGUUGCCACGUUGUUGUGUAGUGAUUAUUGAAUAUUCUAUUCGAAAACCUUUACAAUGUGUCAAAUAUAUGUGUGGGUUAACAAAGAUUGCACAAAUGUGUGGGAAGAAAUUUAAAUACAAAGAUGAAAUCCUCAUAUUAUUCAUAAAAAGUACUGCAAUUAGCUGAGCACAGCUUAGAUUCUUUUUUCAAAGUUCAGAUAGACAUAGGUAUUACAUGACAAAGACUUUGAAUCAGCUGGAAUGAUGUCAAAGUUUUUCAAUAUUUGUUAGUUUUUGUCAUUAAAAAAAUAAUAUUAUUUCUGAACAAUUAUUGUUGUGCUAAAAGUUUGUAGAGGCCUCCCUGUGAGAUCCCUCCAUGAAUAUUUCGUUUAGUUGGUUGUGAGUUUCUUGGGGUCAGAGAUUGUGCGUAUCUUUUGGAGCAAGGGUACUAUUUAUAUUCUAUUUAUUCAGGUGGAUGUUCAGGGUGGUCCACAGACCCCUUCCUUUAUUUUGCUUAUACUGUACCGGAUGCAGGCGUGCGGACGGGUUGCAUACUCGCACGGGGCCAUAAGGCGCCCAUGUUGAGCGACGGUAGGCAAGCCCGCCCGCACGCAUGCAUGCGGUACAGUAUACGCAAAAUAAAGGAAGGGGUCUGUGGACCACCCUGUAUAGGCUUAGAUGUAUCCCAGAACUGUGAAGCUGGGAACCUCAUAAAAUGUACUUGAUUGGUCGAGAGCUUCUCGCCUAAUUCAGCUUCUGCUAAUAUUGUGUGCUAUUAUAAUGAUUUUGAUUGGUCCAAACUCGCAGGCGCUGUCGGGAACGCGCAGGAUUUUGCGCGGUUCCACGGGGAGGCUCGCGAUUCGCGGUUCCGCCGGGGAUGCGCGGAAUCCUGCGCGCUUCUGACAGCGCCUGCGAGCCGGUACUUAUGCAACCCACCAUACUAGCAUGUAAGACCUGGGACACCCUGUAUGUUAAUCGCACUUUGUCCGCACAUUUUCUUCUUCUUUGAAGAAGCAAUUCGCAUUUCUGGGAUACCGACCUGAUGCAUAUACAGGUGGCUGUUUUCUCCCGUUGGAUCAGAUGAGUGCACCAGCCCACGAGCAUAGUCGCGCGGGCCUAUCGAAUAUUACCACACCGCCUUAAGGCCCCGUGCGAAUAGGCAACCCUGCUGCACACUAAACCCUUGUGUAUUUUGCUGUGCAUACUGUACGAGUUGUGCACGAAAUUCACAACAAAAUGCAUAAGGGUCUAUAGAGUGCACUCCUGGAUCCGGGCUAAGCGGCAACUAAACCCAUUCUCUCGAACGGGGCACAACGGCCGCCCUGUACAGGGUACAUGUAUACUGGUUGUUUCUUUUUUGCACGCGCCGGUACCGGUACAGACCGGAUUGCCUUGCCUACUACCUCUCCCCAUAAUACGCCAUGGUCCCUGUGAGUAGGCAAAUACCCGGUCGCAUCACUGUCGCGUGCGAAGAAACACCCGAUACAGCUGAUUAAAUGGGAUAUGUAUUGUACUUUCAAAGAUAAUUUCUUUUAAAUGAAAAAAUCAGAGGGGGACCUCCGAACAUUCUAUCAGGCUUGGAAAAAAGUCUCAUUCAAUACUUGAGUUUCAUUAUAUUUCAAUAAGGAUUUUUAAA